UCAUAUGAUCACAUUUGUGUCAAAUCUUUACUUUUAGAUCUUACUUGUCUUAUCUGGACCAGUCCCACCAAUGUAGCUGAAUAUCGUAUAGAACGAACCUGAUUAAGUACAAGUACGUACUUGCUGCAACUCCAUCUUAAACAGGUCUACAUACAAACACUAGCAUUAAAACAUUCCAGCUCUACUUUGAUCAACCAUUAGAGCCGAAAGUUUUCUCAGCGGGAGGGGCAACAUAUUUUGCUCCAAGGGCAGAUCAGCCUGCAAACUCAUAUUCCACAACAGAGGACUGAGGACGCAGAAGGAUACUUAGUAAAGUUUACCCACUCGUGUUUUGAAGAUGCCACACAAGAGGAGAGGCCAUGGUCACCUUAAAAACACAAAGGAGGCGAACGAAUCGCAGCCUAGCCAGGCCACACCCAAACCGGCAGCUCAGGUCUCCACUGCCAAGCCUGCACAGUUCGAGAAGGCAGGAUCCGCCAUGGCUACAAAGCCUGGGGUGGUUACCACAGCAACAGGCGGAGUCACACGAAGUGGUGUCACAGCAGGAGGAAGUGCUUCGGUUGGGACAGCAGGAAAAGCCAAACCAGAGACUAACACUACGGUGGCAGGUGCUACUGUUAUUGACAUGUCGUCCGCUGGGGCUACCUUUGUUGACAUGACAUCAACUGGGGCGAGGAGCGGUCCUAAAGAGAUGUCAAAGACUGCUGCUGUUUCCCAAGUAAAAGCCACCGCUACGGUUCCUUCUCCUGCCGCUGGAGUGGCUGCGACCAGACCUAAAGAGUCACCCAAAGGCACAGCCAAGAGUGCCACUGCCACCACAACAUUCAACACUGCUGUGCCUAAACUUGAUACGGCUAAAACAACAAAGCCAAUUUCUACGGCUGCGGCUGGAAAUGUGUCUGUGCAGGGAAAGAAAGAAGCGACACAAACAAAGGUGCAGGUGGAGGUUCCUCCAGCAGCAGCUAAGGGAGCCAAAGAGGUUGAUCCAUUCGAUGCCCUGGCCAGCAUACUGCCAUCAGCUGAUCCUAUCACACCCCUCCUGCCUGUAUACACAGGACCGGAGGUCACAGAGCAUGACAUCACCUCUGAGAGGGGUCAGAAGUGUGGAGAAAGAGACAGCACGCUGCCUCCAGGCUACAGAUUUGAAGAUAUGCCUCCAGCUCCUGCAGAUUAUAAGCCUAAGGACGUUCCUAAACCACUGAGCACAGACGAGGCCCUGGAUUCUCUUUCAUUUGGAUUCACGCCUUCCACUGCUUCAGCUGCACCACAGAAGCAAGAGAAAUCUCAAACCUCUUCAGCAGCCGCUUCUGUGUCUGUGUGUGCUCCUGCACCACCAGCUGAUAAAAAAGCCAAGAUGGAGAAAGUUUCGGAUGAUUUCUCUCUGGAAAGUUUGCUUCCCGCUGUUACUGCCACUGCCACGAAAGCAGCUCCUCCUGUGGCCGUCUGUCAAGCUCCUCCUGCCGAUAAAAAAGCCAAAAUGAUGGACGCCAAUCCCAAGACUGAUGCAGGUGUCUCUAUGUCUCUGGAUGCUCUCAGCGCUCUUGUUGACACGUUGCCAGAAGACAAACCAAAACCUGAACUCCCCAAACUCAGACCUGAGGACAUCGUCUCGGAGGACAAACACAAGAAGGAGACGGGUGUGUUUGUGGGAGAGAGGGACGACUCAAUUGCUCCAGAAUACAGGUUUAAUGUGGACGAACUGAAAAAACUGCCUGCUCCUAAACCUGAGCCGACCAUUGGUACUGGUGAGGCUCUGGACUUUUUGUCUGGAGACUUCACGGACUCUUCAGCAGCGCCUGUUGUCCAGGCUCCUCUAGCAAAGAAAGCCCCGGCAGUUCCUCCUGUGGCUGUGUGUCCUCCUGCUGAUAAAAAAGUCAAGAAGGAGAACAUCCCUGAUGAUUUCGCUCUGCAGGCUGCAACUGCUACGGAUGACUUCUCUCUGGACGCUCUCAGCGCUCUCAGUGACACGUUGCCAGCAGACGUGCCAAAACCUGAAGUUCCCGAACUCAGACCUGAGGACAUCGUCUCGGAGGACAAACACAAGAAGGAGAGGGGUGUGUUUGUGGGAGAGAGGGACGACUCAAUUGCUCCAGAAUACAGGUUUAAUGUGGACGAACUGAAAAAACUGCCUGCUCCUAAACCUGAGCCGACCAUUGGUACUGGUGAGGCUCUGGACUUUUUGUCUGGAGACUUCACAGACUCUUCAGCAGCGCCUGUUGUCCAGGCUCCUUCAGCACAGAAACAUGAGGACACUUUAAUUGUGUGUUAUGGUCCUCCACCUGCUGUCAUGGCUUCUGUCAUCACCCCCGUGCCUCUUCCUACACAGACCAAAGUAGAAGAUUUGUCAGCUCUGGAUCUCCUUUCUGGAGAUUUUGUGUCUUCAACUAAAACUUCUGGACUUCAGGCACCUGUCCCUCCUCCCACCAAGAAGACCCCAGAGAAAACGGUUUGUCCUCUGGAACAGCACAGGCCAGUUGAUGUCCUCCAUGGACGAACACCACAAGCAAAACCCAAUCAGGGGGGCUCUCUGUCUCUGGAUGCUCUCAGUGCUCUCAGUGACACGUUGCCAGAAGACAAACCAAAACCUGAACUCCCCAAACUCAGACCUGAGGACAUCGUCUCGGAGGACAAACACAAGAAGAAGAAGGGUGUGUUUGUGGGAGAGAGGGACGACUCAAUUGCUCCAGAAUACAGGUUCAAUGAGGAACAACUCAAAAAACUGCCUGCUCCUGAACCUGAGCCCACCAUGUGUACUGGUGAUGCUCUGGACAUUUUGUCUGGAGGCUUCGAGUCCUCAUCAGCUCCUGUUGUCCAGGCUCCUGUCAUUACCCCCUCGGCUCCUCCUGCACAGUCCUCUGCAGACUUUUCUCUGGAUGCCUUGGCGGGAGAAUUUGUUUCCUCCUCUGCCGCUCCAACGGUGAAGUCCGCUGUUUGUGUUCCCACAGAAACUGCCGCAGAGCUGUACCCAGGAGCAGACAAUGCUAUGGAUGCUCUGUCAGACACCUUGAAGGAUAUCACACCCGCCCCUCAGCCCGUCCCACCUCCUGCCAAAGACAUUGUCAAGGAGAAAAAGGUUGUUGAAGAAAGGCUGGUUAAGAUGGGGGAGAGAGACGACUCUCUGCCACCAGAGUAUCGACCCACUAAGGAAAUGGGAGAAGCACCUGCACCACCCAAGGGGAAGACUAUGGAUGAUAAAACAGCCAUGGACCUGCUGUCCAGUGACUUCGGUGCCGCUGCUUCCAAGCCCGCUGCACCCGCCGCAUCAUCUGCUGCCACAACAAAGCUGGAACCUCCUGUGCUGGACUCAAAGCCCCUGAAGCCAAUGACUGGUGCUGUCCUGGACUCCCUGUCUAGCACUCUGCUCCCAGAUGUCCCAGAGUUCAAACCUACAGACAAACCAAAGGGCAAGAGCAAGUCAAAGUCAAAGUCUAAAAAACACCAAGCAGAGGAGCCGUCUCCCACUGAACAGCUGCCCGCUCAGCAAAGCUCCGACGUUGUGCCGAGAUCUACAAAGAAGGAAGGGAAGAGAUAGACCACUUGGUUGUCGGUGCAAUAUGUCCUCCAGGCCAAAGGGACUCAUCAGUGAGGGAGCUGCUCUCUGGAUAAUGAUUCUAUUUUUUUCUAAAUCGUCGAGAAUGUAUACUGGAUGAAAGAUAAACUAGACACACACACACACACACACACACACACACACACACACACACACACACACACACACACACACACACACACACACAACACACACAUCUCUGCAUGCAGCUCCUUUUUUGCUCGGUUUCACAUGUAUUUAAGGAUGAGAAGGUUUUGGUUUUCUGUGGAAAAUACUUUUUAAAACAAGAUGGAGAAUGAAAUUAUGACAAAGAAAGGAGGGAAAGAGAGAUUAAGUCAGGUUAAAAUCUUUAGUUUUGUGGUUGGGGGGUUGAGCGUGCUGAGGAAAGAAAGGCGCUGCCCGUCAGAGUCCUGCAUGUACAUCUCAGCUGACAGUUUUUCCAGUGAUGCACUAAUAUCACAACACACUGCUUGUCUAAACCUGGUGGUGUUGUGAGGUUGGUGGGAGCAGUGGUGACCGUCGGCUUGCGUGGGAGGAGCAGUACGUAGUGGGUGUAGAAUAUCAGGAUGUUUGUGCAAUCUCGAUGUACACAGAUAAGCCAAGUUUUCUAUUAUGAUCGGGUUGGAUGCCAUUAAGACACUAGUGUACAGCUUAGUUUGCUUAUAUUUUGGACAGCACAUAGUGAAUAUAUGGAGGUGUUCUUCUUAAUUCUGUAUCAAAGAGCUUUUUGCAAAUGCCUUUAACUUUCUCUAGAGAAAUAUGUCAAAAGAAGGGUCUUUUGUAUGUAUUUGGCCUUGUAGAAAAAACAUUUGCCAAACAUUGGUGUCCAGAAGUGCACUUAGUGAACUGAGGUGGAUACAAACGGGUUGAAAUGCCCUUGCUUGUAUACUCUAAACAAAAAAAAGAGUUUUGCUCUACAAAACACUGUAUAAUUUAGAAAGGGCUUGCAACUGUAAAGUCAAAAAUCAAUAUACUGCCCAAAUGUGUUUUUUCCAUGUCAAAGGUUUUGUGUGGUUGUGAUUCAAAAGAUAUGAGAGGUAUUUUAGAUGAGGGAAUGCUAAUUAAAUAAAUAAAACAAAUUGAA